CACCUAACACUACAACAAACAAUAAUACAACAAUACUUACAAAAACACUAAAAUUAAUUAAUAUUAAGAUUAAUUACACCAAAAACCCACACUCCAUACACCCAAAAACAGUUACUUUAUACACCUGCAAAAAUGGGCUCCCAUCAAGUGGACUUUAGUGUCUUGGAUUUCGAAACAUACAAUGAUUACAUCAACUCCUUUGCCACUGCGGACGAUGAGCGAUUUUUGAGCAAUCGCAAGGUGAUCAAGUCCAUUGUGCAGCUGGGCUACCGCACCACCAAAGUGCCCUACGAUCAGGAUGAGUUCGAAAGGCGUGUAUUUAUUGCCGAGCAGGCCAUCAGGCCAAAGACAACGAAGGUGGGGCUGCUGGGUGAUUUUAUGUCACCCACAAAUACGGAUCCAGUGCUGCUGGAGUUUAAAAAACGCGAGAUACCCAAUUCGAAUAAGUUCUUAUCGACCAUUGUGUUUACUUCGUAUCAAGCGAAAGAUGGUUCCGAGAUCUCGGGCUACAUAGAUCUGGACAGCAGUUGGCGCAUUGGCGGCAGCGAUACCAAGAAAAUCGACUGGAAAUGCGUCUUUGAGGGGCGUUGCCGUGUAAAGCCCAUGGCCCAUCAUUUGAGCUACUCGAAUCCACGUUACAACAUGCUCAAGUAUACGGACAGUGAUAACUACUUGGUGAUGCACAAUCAUCACUAUGGUCUGCUGUUUAUGCACAAGGGCGAUCACAAGAUUGUCACAGUGGGCGGCCAAUACAAUUUGUAUUCGAGAAAUGCCAAACGAACGAUGGUCUACUCGCCCAAGCUGGGCUAUGUGGUGUUCUACGAUCAUAUUGUGCGCAAGAAGGUGUAGAAGCAGAAGAUUGUCAAAGUCAGAUAGCAGCUACAAAGUAAAUUCAAUGAACUGUGGACUCACACCGGAAGAGCUAACAGCCCAGCAGGGAUGAUGUUCUGUUCUGUUCAAAUUUAAGUCUAAAUGUAGUACGAGCAUUAAAACAUGACAACAUUUUAUUG